AUGGAUAGAUUCAGCAAUUUACCAGACGAUGUUAUUUACCACAUCGUUUCUUUUCUUUCGGCAAAGGAGGCUACGUGCUUAAAGUUUGUCUCCAAGAACUUUCAGAAUUUGGUUACUAUCAAACGAAACGUUGUUUUCCAUCAUUGGGAAAGUUUCAAGAAUUUUGUUGAUGGAUUAUUAGCUGAACCUGCCAGUUACCGUAUAAAGAGAUUCUCUCUGAAAUUGGUGUCUAUGGAUUUUGCUCAGUAUAAUAUUGUCAACGAUUGUCUUUGCAAUGUGUUGAAGCGAGGUGUCUUGGAUCUUGAGCUCGACAUUAACGUCAAAGAAGAUUACAUACUUCCUUCUGAUGUCUUCACUUGCAAGACAGUUGUUAGACUGAAACUAGGGUGUGGUUUUGUUAUUGACAUUCUCCCUAAGAAUGCUUUGCUUCCAGCUCUUAAGACUCUCAUUCUUGAUUCAGUUCGGUUCUACGCCAGUGAUGGUUGUGCGUUCACAAGGCUUCUCUCUGCUUCCCCUGUGCUUGAAGAGUUAGUUAUAGAUCGUCUCAACUGGGAACAUUGGAAAGGUUCUCGCUUUGUGUCUAGUCCGACUCUUAAGAGACUUACUCUUCGGCGUAAAGAAUGGGAACCCGAACCUGAAACUUGGACUGAUUUUGAGAGCGUUAGUUUUGAUACUCCGAGUCUUGCUUACUUAAAAUACAAAGAUGUUAUUCCAUAUGGGUAUCCAAUUGUUAAUCUCAACUCCAUUGUUGAAGCUAGGCUCACUCUUCCUAGGGAAGUAGAGUACGACUAUUGGCUUAACAGAUCUGCUGAUCCUUCGAAUUUGAUUAGAGGGCUAAAAAAUGUUGAGAUUCUGAGCAUCAAGGUUCUUCAUACGAUGGACCUGUUAUUUUAUAACUUCAAGGAAGCAGUCCCAGUGUUUGAAAACUUGAUUCAUUUGUCGGUUACCAGUGAAGCAGAUUUCUGUUGGGAUCCUCUGCAAAUUCUGCUUGAGAAAUCUCCAAAUCUAAAGACUCUCACCAUUGAGGGUCCCUUGCACUAUAAUUUUUAUGAAAAACUGGAUUUGGAAGCUGUUUGCGAAUGUUUGUUGGGGUAUUCUUUCCUGUUGUCCUGCCCUAUUAAGGUCCUCAAGAUAACCGAGUUCGUAGGAGAUAUCGGAGAGAUAGUGCAAAUGAAACAUGUCUUGGGGAAAUUGCCGUGUCUUGAGCUGUUGGAAGUUCAUGUUCAGGCAAGAAGAGAUGACAAAAAGCUGCAGAUCAUGGCGGAUCUCUUAAUGCUUCCCAGAACUUCAUCCAAAUGCAAGGUCAAGGUCCAUUUCUCUUGAGAAAACUAUGAACAAACUCUAUUCUUUUGCCUCAACAUGAACUUCCAUAUCUGAUGAGAGAGUAACAAAAGUGCUUUACUUUUGUUGACAACAUGAGAACUGGUUUGUUUUGUAUAUUUUCAUAUCUGAUAUUGUUGAAUCGAAC